AGUGACGGGCUGGCGUGCUGACGCGCGGGCUCAAGCCGAGGCCGAUUCCGCGCCCGCCAUGGCCGACAAAAUGGACAUGUCUCUGGACGACAUCAUUAAGCUGAACCGGAGCCAGCGGGGCGGCCGCGGCGGGGGCCGGGGCCGAGGCCGGGCCGGCUCCCAGGGAGGCCGCGGUGGCGGAGCGCAGGCCGCCGCACGAGUGAGCCGGGGCGGCGGGCCCAUCCGGAACCGGGCGGCCCUCGUCCGCGGCGCGGCGGGCGGCGGAGGCAGGAACCCGCCGGCGCCCUACAGCCGACCGAAACAGCUUCCCGACAAGUGGCAACACGACCUUUUCGACAGCGGCUUCGGCGGGGGCGCCGGCGUGGAGACGGGGGGGAAGCUGCUGGUGUCCAACCUGGACUUCGGAGUGUCCGACGCGGACAUCCAGGAGCUGUUUGCGGAGUUCGGGACUCUGAAGAAGGCCGCCGUGCACUACGACCGCUCUGGCCACCUGGGAACAGCCGACGUGCACUUUGAGCGGAAGGCAGACGCCCUGAAAGCCACGAAACAGUACAACGGCGUGCCUUUGGAUGGCCGCCCCAUGAACAUCCAGCUGGUCACCUCACAGAUAGACACGCAGCGCAGGCCGGUACAGAGUGUGAACAGAGGCGGGAUGACCAGAACCCGAGGGUCUGGAGGCUUCGGCGGCGGCACUCGGAGAGGCGCCCGUGGAGGCAGCCGGGGCAGAGGCAGGGGCACCGGCCGGAGUUCAAAGCAGCAGAUCUCUGCGGAGGAGCUGGAUGCCCAGCUGGACGCUUACAACGCGAGGAUGGACACCAGCUAAAGCACCAGCAAGUCUGUGCGUGGAGCUAGGCCUGGAUGUCGUCUCGCGCUGCUCCCCGAGGGCGGGCUGGCGGGGCCCCGUGGCCAAUGAUGGAGUUGUUUCUUCUGUUUUAAAAUAGGAUUUAAAACUCAUGUAAAGAUUUCUUUUCCUUUUUUUUUCUUUUUUUUAAAAAAUUCUGAAACAGAAAAA